CGUGCUCCGCCCACUUCUCCAGCGAUGGACCCGGCUGGAGAAGCUGUCGUACGUUUGAAGGGAUCAACAUGAACUUCUCCGAGGUGUUCAAAGUGUCCAAUCAGCUGUGCAGGUUCUCCCCCAACGGGAGGUAUCUGGCGUCCUGCGUUCAGUACAGACUUGUCAUCCGUGAUGUCAGCACGCUGCAGAUUCUACAGCUGUUCACCUGUCUGGACCAGAUCCAGCAUGUCGAGUGGUCUUCAGACUCCAUGUUCAUCCUGUGCGGCAUGUACAAGAGAGGGAUUGUUCAGGUCUGGUCUCUGGAACAGCCGGACUGGCACUGCAAGAUCGACGAGGGCUCGGCAGGGCUCGUGUCCUCCUGCUGGAGCCCAGAUGGCCGUCACAUUCUCAACACAACCGAGUUUCAUCUUCGGAUAACUUUGUGGUCACUUAGUGCAAAGUCUGUGUCCUACAUCAAAUUCCCCAAAGCUUGUCAGAAGGGCAUCGCCUUCACCAAGGAUGGACGGCACAUGGCUCUAGCAGAGAGACGGGACUGCAAAGAUUACAUUAGCAUAUUUGUGUGCAAUGACUGGCGCCUACUAAGGCACUUUGAGACCGACACUCAAGACCUGACCGGCAUAGAAUGGGCCCCCAAUGGCUGCGUGCUGGCUGCAUGGGACUCUUGUCUGGAGUACAAGGUGUUACUCUACUCUCUGGAUGGACGCCUGCUGUCCAACUACAGCGCCUACGAGUGGUCUCUGGGUAUCAAGUCCGUCGUGUGGAGCCCCAGCAGCCAGUUUCUCGUGGUUGGCAGCUACGAUGAGAAGGUUCGAAUACUCAACCACGUUACAUGGAAGCCAAUCAAAGAGCUGGCACAUUCCGCUACCAUUUCCAACCCAAAGACAGUUGUUUAUCGGGAGGUGGACAAAUGCCAAACUGCAGUUCCAAGUCAGCUUACCUUUCCACCCCAGCGGGGGGCACCCAGCAGCCUCUUUACCGUCCACAGUAAAUAUGUGCUGGUUGAGCUGCCUGUGACUUUACGCACCAUCAAACCCGACACGGAUCGUGCAAAUCCAGAACUGGGUAUCGGAAUGCUGGCUUUCAGUCCCGAUAACCGAUACUUGGCAACCAAAAAUGAUAACAUGCCAUACUGUGUGUGGAUCUGGGACAUCCAGAAGAUGAGACUGUCUGUAGUGUUGGAGCAGACAUCAGCUGUGCGCUCUUUUCAAUGGGACCCUGUCCAGCCACGGCUGGCUAUCUGCACUGGAAAUAGCAGGGUGUAUUUAUGGUCUCCCAGCGGCUGUGUCUCCGUCCAUGUACCUGUAGAAGGUAAUUUCAGCGUCUUGUCCCUGUCUUGGCAUCCUCUGGGCGAAGACUCAUUGCUGCUUCUGAGCAAGGAACAUCUGUGUCUGUGUUAUCUGGAGGGUGAAGAUGAACAGUGACAUCAGGAAGAGACUAUCCCAUGAAAACAUGUUUACACAAUACACAUCUGGCUG